AUGGCUGCUACCGAUGGGCUGUCGGAUGCCCAUGCAAUUCUCCUGGCGACUCAUCUUUGUGCAAAUGGCGAUGUGGUCGACUUGCCCGCUCUGCAGGCUCAAUUCCCCCAUUGCUUCCCGCUGGAGCGCCUCCUGCGCAUCAUCCUGACCUUCUUACCAGAGAGCACAGAACCCUCCUACUAUGCUCCUGUACUCCUGGAGCUGAUUAGUAGCUCUCCUACAACAUCUGUGGACCGCGUCAUCGAUGCCUCUGCCGUUCGAGAUGUGUCCGAGUCGGUAGCCAGGAAGCGCGUGCGGAAGCUUCGUUUGCGAUCGCUGAAGCACGAUGAUGGAGAAGAGGACGAGUUAUCGGACCCCUUGACCCAGUUUAUUAUUCACCGCGCACACUUGAUUGACUCAGAAACCGCCCUGCAACCGCUCAUCCUCGACCUUCUCCUGCCAUUCUACGAACACUUGCCCGUCAUCCGAACAUGGCUCAUCUCCAGCCUGUUGCCGUUGCUGCGACUCAAUUACGAAUAUUAUCCCAACCGCGAGGAGACGCUUUCUUUAGAGGCCCUCGAGUCAAUGGACGACCAGACGGCUAUCAACGUUCUUCUAUCGAUCAUCGGUUCCAAGAAAGAUACCGAGCAUCUGGUCAACAAUCUAAGGGGACUCGUCGGUCCUUGGCUUUAUGGUAGCAAGCGAUCGAAACGGCGGAGGCUCAAUGACACAAACCGGCGAAGAUCAAUCUCUCUUAUCCAGGGUACACCGAACACCGAGCUGACCGAAUUGGUCGGGUGGGAGUACGUGAAUGAAUGGCUCCUGUCGCGGAGUCUAGUGGAUUAUGACAAUGUUGUCGGUGCCUUCGCCAAUUGGGAGGGGCCCGAAGACGUGGAUCUCGGAGGAUAUGGAGAAGAGGGCAUGCAAUUACCCGCGGAUAAGGUGCAGGAUUUACGGGAUCGAUAUGGUCAAUCCGGCCUCGCCGUGGUAUACGCGCAUGCGGAUUCGUCCAGAGCUUCCCUGGAAGGAUCAUUCCAGGUCCUGACGCGUGUUGCUCAGCGGCUCGAUCUCGAGGAGAGUUCAUACCUCACCCCUACCUCCAUACUUCCGUCUGUCGAUUAUGAAACUGGUUCAAUUUCCUCCACAUCCCGCGCAUCAUUGUUGCAGAACUCUCUUUUAACACCCGCAAACCCCUUGACACACCCAUCAUCCGCUUCGAUUUCUUUUCUCAGUGCUUUAUUACUCUCCCGUCGCAUAUUGACCGAUCUUGGCCACCCUGUUCCUUGCCGAGUUGCUGCAAAUAUAUGCCUUCACAGCAACGAGGAGCUGCAACUGGCAGAGUUCAAAAAAGUGGUGAAAUCUACUGCGAAACAACCUCGGUCGAAUGAGGAUUGGCAAGAAGUGCGGCAACAACUGCUCUGGCUUCGCGAUUGGCAGGCCGAUCGCUCGGAAAGUGGCUGGGAUGAACCCGCCUCUCAUCAUGGACUAUUUUGGAGAGUUCCUGGAGACACAAUUGAGACGGAGAUUCUGAAGGCUCUGCUUGGGGUCAGAGAAUAUAAAUUGGCGGUCGAUCUUUAUACUUCUCAAGGGUCGCCGUUGACUAUAUCACAAGUGGAAUAUGCUGUUGAAGAGGCCAUUUUCAUCGCAUACGACAACGCAAGCAACGGAAACCGGACACGCGGGGGCAUGAAGAGAGCCUAUGAUAUCUUGCAAACAUUCCAACCGCACUUCCCAGAGUCGACUGCAUUGAAGCAGAUCCACGCUCUUAUCUCGGCAACGCAUGCGCUAUCAUUCUACUCAUUGACUCUGCAACACGGUGUCCCAUUUCAACCGGUCAGCAUUCGCGUGCACCACGACCCUCUCUCGUUGAUCGAGAAAGUGCUUGACCAGAAUUCUAAGAGCUACACAAAGCUGGACGAUCUCCUUUCCAUCGGACGGAACCUGGUCACUGCCGGUGUGCCUAGCAAAAUGGUUUCAGAUGAUGCCGAUGACCGACCAUCGCAAGGUCAGCUGUCGAAGGAAAGUGGCCUUGUCACUGCCGAACGUCGCAUCACCUCCUUAGUGAUCGCGUCUGCCCUGACAUCUAAUGACUUUGGCACUGCCUACUCAUACAUCCUCACGAGAGUCACCCCGCCUUCUCUCUCCACUUCUUCCCCGCUGCCUACCACACCCUCCGUUCCCGAUGACAUCUCCUGGCGUGCCGUCUACAACGCCGGACGCUACCGCUCCACCACGCCAACCACGCCCUCUCCAAGUCUACAGUCUCAGAUCACCCACCUCUCCCAACGCAUGGAGCUUCUCUCUCUCGCUCUCGUCCUAGCCCCAUCCCCAGACCCACUCGCCGAGAUCCUGGGCGCCUGGCGCCGCUGCGACGAAGAGCUGAGCUCGCUGCGGGCCCGCGAACAACAGGAAGAAGAAAUGUGGGACGCCAAGGGCGACAGCCUGUCCUCCGUGCCCGGCGGCUUCGGACCCUCCGACUCGGAGCGCGACGCCUUCGACACCGAGCAGCAGCGUGCCGCUCGUCGCGCUCGUGCCCGCGCCGCCAUGCCCCAUUCCCAUCCGCACGAAGCCCCCAUGGGUCUCUUUGAAGUCGCCCGAGGCGCUGCUCUCGCUCUGCACAAGAACGCCUUCCCUCUCCGCGGUGCUGCCGCUGCCCCCGAGUCUCCGGUUGCUGGUGGCGCCGAGCGUCACGAGGACGAUCGCCCACUCUCCCCGGACACCGAAGAAGGCCGUGUUCGCAAGAGAGAUAUGGUUAGUAACAUGGUGACGGGCGGCCUGGCCAGUGGCAUUGGCUGGGUUCUGGGAGCCGAGCCUGUGAAUCGGUAA